GAUAAUUACUGUGAGAAAUCAUUAACAUGAUCAGAAUAUUCGCAUAGAUACCUACCAUAAGUUAUUGAUAAUUACAUAAAGGUAAUUUGAGCAAAUUUGUUCUUUCAGAAGUGGAUAUCAAGUUGUCAUAGAGAUUUCGUCUGAUUGCUUCCAAAUUUAAAGCACGUAUAGCAGACAGGUGGUCAACACUAAAUUGUGGGAAAUCUUGAGUUUUUGUCCUUGCAUGUGGACAGACAAGAGCAUCUAAGUUUGAUUAUAAAACAUAACGGCAAAAAAACACAAAUCUUCAAUAACUCAACCUAUUGCAAAAUCAGACCCCAAAGCCAGUUUCUCUGAACAACAUAAAAUUUGGUAGGCAUGUCUAUCACGAGGAGACCCGCAAAAAAGUCUCAAGAAGCUAUGCCCGAAAAGACAUGGGAAGUCUACCAACCAGCAAUUGAAGUGUAGUUUUAGCUGACUCAUUCGUGCUAGAUAUGACAGGUCAGCGAAAAGACGCGUUUCGCAAUCCUAGUUCAACUUGGACCGCCUGCUCGCAAUCCUGACAAAUCGAGAGCUAAACGUCAGUCUCGAGAUUUGUUGUUGUUUUUAAUCCAGAUUGUCACGCUUCACAGCAUGCUGCUCUCCCAGCUGCGCCUCCGCCAUUGAUGCGAGUUGAUGCUGCAGUAACGAGCCAUUAAAAACUAAAUUCCGACAUGACGGCAGGCUGCUUAGAAGGCUAAAAGUGACUCUGACUCAGUAAUGACAUGUUGUCUAUAGAGCCGCAAACAUUAACUUCAAAUACUUUAAUUACAACACUAGAGCUGCGAGAGUAAAAAAAAAAAAAUAAUCAUCUCUCUCCCUUUGUUCGCAUUGAUGUUAAGAAAUAUUCGCCGUAAGAAUUGAAAGCAGUUGCUGCGUGAUGCGCGUCAGUAAUUGCCUCCCGCGUUAUCUACCAACCACACGUCUCCGUGCGAAGUGGCCAAAGUUGCAGAGCGACUCCACAACAAGGCUUUUUAAGGCCGCUCGCGUGCUCUGUUUAGAGCUGCUAAUUAUUCUUACCCUACGGCAGGCACGUCAGUGGCUUUCUUCGCACCUCACAUGUCCGCGCUAGCGCCUAGUCAGCAUGCACACGGCGCUCCCUCAUGUCAACCAACAGGCUUGUUUUUGUCUCGGAUAGCCAACAUUUUAACGAUCAGCGGGCCAAUCAGAACAUAUGUUGUGUGCCGGGUCCGAGUUUGGGUAAAGGCUAGUAUAGCUAAUUAGCAUCGUUUACCAGCUCAGCUCACUAGCAUGACUUACACAGUAUCCAGUGAAACCUCCAUUCGGCGUUCGCGAAACGCGUAGUGCAAGUGUGGUACAGUAGCGUUGAUCACAAGUAUGGAUCACUAGCGUGUGCUACAUGCUGAGUUUACGUCCUCUGGGGUCUCGCCGAGGAGCCGACUGUGUGCCCCCUGUGAGGCCGGGCCAAGAUGGUGGACCGCCUGGCCAACAGCGAGGCCAACUCCAAGCGCAUCUCGGUGGUGGAGGGCUGCUUCGGGGCGGCGGGCCAGCCCCUGGCCAUCCCGGGCCGCGUGCUGAUCGGUGAAGGCGUCCUGACCAAGCUGUGCCGCAAGAAGCCCAAGGCGCGGCAGUUCUUCCUGUUCAACGACAUCCUGGUGUACGGCAACAUCGUGCUGCAGAAGAAGAAGUACAACAAGCAGCACAUCAUCCCGCUGGAGAGCGUCACCAUCGACACGGUGCCCGACGAGGGCGAGCUGCGCAACGGCUGGCUCAUCAAGACGCCCACAAAGUCCUUCGCCGUCUACGCCGCCACUGCCACCGAGAAGUCCGAGUGGAUGAACCACAUCGGCAAGUGCGUCCAGGAGCUGCUCCAGAAGAGCGGCAAGGCGCCGGCCGGCGAGCACGCCGCCGUCUGGGUGCCCGACUCGGAGGCCGCCGUGUGCAUGCGCUGCCAGAAGGUCAAGUUCACGCCCGUCAGCCGCCGCCACCACUGCCGCAAGUGCGGCUUCGUGGUGUGCGGGCCCUGCUCCGAGAAGAAGUACCUGCUGCCCAGCCAGUCCUCCAAGCCCGUGCGCGUCUGCCAGUUCUGCUACAGCCAGCUGGUGGGCGGCGUCCGCUCCGACUCGGUCGGGCGCCCCGGGGACUUCCGGGACGCGUCGGACGACGACGACGAGGACGACGACAGCAGCGACUGAGGGGUCGCGCCCGAGCGUUCCCGCGAUGGCCAUUGAACUGAGCUGCUUCUCUUCACAAACACGCGUUACCGCCACACGGCACUGAGAUCCACUCACUAAGGUAAAAAUGAACUCAAAUACUACAAGAAUAAAGGCCUAUAACUUCGAGAAAAAGUAGUCAUUUUUGUUUUGUUUUCAAGAAAGGGUAAUCAAUUUAUUUCAGGAUUUUAUGGGAAAGUUGUUUUUUUUUUUUAGAUCUUUUUGUUCAAGAAAAGUAGGAUUUAUAGUCAUUUUUCCCCCCAAAAAAUCUUUCAAGAAAGUCAUGUUUUAGGGAGAGGUUUUUCAAGGACAAAAAGUGCAAUUACUUUUUUCCUCUGCAAAAAAUGAUUUAAAAAAAAACAAAACAAUUAUUAUUAUUAUAUAUAUAUUUUUUAAGUUCUUUUGUUGUUUGGGGGUGGGUUUUAGCAACAUUUCUAUUCAUUAAUUAUUUUAAAAGUAAACAAACAAAAAAAAAAAGAUUCAAGAAAAUAUUUUGGGAAAAGUUGAAUAUUACCCCCAAAUACAUUCCAAGAAAAAAAAUUCCAUGAAUGUUUUUUAAAAUUCAGAUUUUUUUCAAGUCUUCAAUUAAUUUCAAGAAAGUCAUAUUUUCAAGACAAGUUGUAGUUUCAAGUAAAAUAAAGCAGAUUUCAACUUGUUCUCCUUUGUCUGAGAAAAUGACUUUUGAAAAAUAUUUUUGAAAUCAGAUGUCUUUUCAAUUUUCUUUAUUUUUUUUCAAGGAAAAUUUGGUAUUUCUAGUUAAGUAUUUUUGGAAAUAAAUACUCAAAUGUUUUUGAAAAUAAAACCAAUUAUUGUUUUUAAUUCACACAUGAAAAGUUAGAUUUUGUUCAAGAAUCAGAUUGUUUCAAGAAAAAGUAUUUUCAAAAGUUAAAUUUUUUUUGUUCACAUAAAUUUAAGACAAUUGUUUUUCUCGAAGAAAAGUCUUAAAAUAUUAUUUUCAAUAAAGUCGUAUAUUUUUGGGGAUUUCUUUUUCACAAGAAAAAAAAAUUGAAAAAAGUAAAAUGUGUGAUAUAGCUAACUUGUUUUUAGGAUUUAAAGUUGAGGAAAAAACUGUCAAUUUUAUUUCUUUAUGAAAGACUACGUUUUGGGAAGUCUUUUAAAUCAGUAAUUUUUUUUCAAGACAAUGUCAUUGAAUCUUUUUGCGAAAGUUUGUUUUUCAGGGGAAAGAAAUAUUUUUGAGUUUAUUUUCAAGUCAUUUUUUUUUAUCGAAAAAGUAGUAUUGUGAAAAAUCUAAAAGUCUUAAUCUAUUUCUCGAAUCAAUACCUUUUUCUUGUAGUAAAAAUAUUUUUGGAUUUUGUAGUAUUUUCUAUAUUUUCUCUGUAAGAUGAUGAUGACGUUGAUGUGAUCAUGGUGUGGCUGCUUCCGACAACUCAAGUGGCAAACGCACACGCGUGUGCCUCCACUUUGUCACCUUAGUGCCUUGUACAACACACUAAACGCCUCCCCCGCUCUGGUAAAAAAAAAAAUAAAAAUUAACAAAAUUUGGUGCUUGUUAAACGUCAUCUUGGCAACUGUUGCCAUGGUAACUGCAAUUAUUUUUUGUUAAGAUGGCGAACGCAAAAGCUUUUUGUCUAUUGAAGGCAUCUAAUUGAAUGACUAAUCAAAACUAAUGUACGUAAUUUGUGUUCAAAUAUGAUUUUUUUUUUUAACUCACCUGUCGAUGUUAUGAGUAUUUGAGGAUGUCUUUUUAGAGGUAACUUUUAAAUUCACAUAUUAAAUUAUGACUUUUUUUCUUGUUAAAAUUCAACUGUAGUCUCAGAAGUUUUUUUUUUUCUUUAUAAAUCCGACUCAGAAGAUUGAUACAAGACAACUUUAACCUUGUAAAAUUACAACUAAUCUCUUGGGGGGGGAAAGCCUAUAGUUUUAUAGGACUACGACUUAAAAAAAAAAAAAAGUACAAUUAGCCUUUGAAUAUUAUGAUUUUUUUAUUAAAAAAAAGACUCCUCAGAUGAAAUUUUUUCCCCUACAAAAAUAACUUUAUUUGCAUGAAAUUACAGCAUUACUGUUUUUGUGAUGUGACAAAGUGAAAAAAAAAAAUAAAAUAAAAGGCUUUUUCCUUGGAAGAAAAAUAAAACAAAUUUUAGUUUCUGGUUACAUCUUUUCCGAAACAAAGUGGGACUAUUCUCAUGAUAAUAAAAUACUAUUUUCUUAUUACAAUUUAAAAAAAACAAAGCAUAUUCUCAUAAGAUUGUAACUUUAUUCUUGUAAGAUUACUAUUUUGUUUUUUUGUUUUUUUCUUCAAAAAAAUUCUAAUUUUAUACUUGUAAGAUUGACUUUUUCUCCCUGCAAAAAAUCUCAAUGCUCAGAUUACAAUUUGUUUUCUCGAAAAACAGCAAAUUUUUAAGUCUCAGUACAUUAAAAUACAAAAAGAAAAAAAAGUUACUCGUAAAUUUACGACUUGAAAAAAUACAACCUAUUCUCAUAAAAUUUAUUUUUAAGGUUAAAAUGAUUUUCAAAAAAAUUUAACUUCUCAGGAAAUCACGACUUCUUUAAAUAAAAAAGACCACUCAUUAAAUAAGGACUUUUUAAAACCUAACUGUGGCGACACAUUUUCAGAUGAUGGCUUUUUUACUCUUAAAAAGACACAACUUUUCGUCUCUUAAAAUAACUUUUUUUUUUUUCUCGAAAGUACGACCUUUUUCACGUGAGACAGAUCUUGGAGGGGAAAAAAGGAGCUCUAUUUUCUUAAAAGAAUUUCUUUGGGGGGGGAAAAAAAAGUCUGAAAUUGUUGAAAAAUGAUGUAAGAUGUUUUAACGUUAUUUAAUAAGGCUUAUUGUAGCAGAAUUUGUCUUUUUUUUUUUUCCUCUCCCUGAUGUGAUUCUAAUACUUGUACGUUUGUGGCACUCAUAUAAAAUGAGUGAAGUUUGAAAGCAGCUGAAGAAGAAAGGGAUUUUUUAAACAAAUUCAAUGAUGAGGUAGACCUUGGUGAUCUUUUGAUGUCACGGCCGCUACAUGCUUUUUAAUUACUCCUGUGUUGAUUUUCUAGAAAAAGUAUUUUAGUCUGUUGUCCGUCCGAGAAAAAAAGGGUCGUGAUGAUACCAGCUGUAAUCCGUUUGUAAAUGAGUGCUUUUAUAUUUUUUCAUAUUGAUAGUGUUGCAAAAGUUGAUACACUAACUUGCUGUUGUGCUUCCUGAAUGCUGCACCAAUGAAAUGUCUCCUUGCUUCGCCUCCCGAGCCACAAAAGCUUUGGAGAUUCAUAACAUGGCUGAUUUUCCUUGGAAUUCUGUUUUUGUCUUUUUCAUGUUGUUUAAAGGUGUCUAAAAAAGGGCUUCAAUCAGAAUGUAAAAUCAGAUUAAUGAAUGAUGAUCACUAGUUUAUUAAUUCUUGUACGAGUGAGCAAGUGCUCUCAUCCUCUCCACUUGUUUUUUUUUUAAAGAAAAACUCAAAACUAAACAA